GUUUUUCUUCUUACAUUAUAGAGAUGCAGCCUGUUACCUCUCGCCCAGCCUCGGAACACAAUGUAGACUCUCGUGAUAAAAAGCGUCAAAAGAGAAAUAGAGCCUGUGAUUUAUGUAGACGAAAAAAGACGAGGUGUGAUCAUGAUCCAGCAUAUCCAAAUAUCGCAUGCAGUUCAUGUAGAAACUAUGAAAAGGAAUGCACAUUUUCAGAACCAACGAAAAAAAGAGGACCAUCUAAAGGUUAUGUGGAAGGAUUAGAGGGUCGAUUGAAGCGAGUAGAGGAGUUGCUGGUCAAUAUGUUGCAGGAUAUGCCUCCUAAUGAAAUUGCUGAUGUUACUGCAGAACUUGAGAAAGACUCGGAUGCGUAUAAGAAAUCAUCAGAAGAGAAUAAAGAUGCCUAUUUUUUUGCAGGCAGCUCAUCUGGCUAUUAUUUAUUGAGCAGAUUGUUUCCCCAAGAUCAAUCCCAUCCAUUGAACCAGAUGUUUCCCAAACCUAUCAAUAAUAAUGACGAUUUGAUCAUCAAACGACCAUCGGAGCUAAGGCCAUCGUCAUCAGGAAAUAACCAGGACUGGAAACUGCCGCCAAAGGGUCUCAUGGAUUAUUUGCUAAAUGUUUAUUUUGAAAGAGUGAACAAAUUCCUGCCUAUUCUUGACAAGGAUGAAUUCUACAAACUCUACGAGAGAGAAGGAUCACAGUCAUCUCAAGUCAUACCAAUCGCCUUGACCACCUGUUGUAAAGUUAUAAAGAUGCUGGAUAAAAACCAUCCUAUUUUUGCAGAGUAUGGUGUAGAAAAGGAAGCGUUAAAAAAAGAUCUCACUUUUCAACUGCAUUUGCACCAUCUGCCCGACUUUUUAGAACCAAAAUUACAAUCAAUUCAGCUAUUACUGCUGAAUGCAGCACAUAGCGAAUCAUGGUUGACACAGGGCGAGGCUUGGCUAUCGGUAAGUAUAGCUAUUAAAAUGGCCCAAGACUUGGGGUUACAUCGAGCCAGUUUCCAACCUCAGGGACUGUCCAAAACCGAACUGGAAGCGCGGAAAAGACUUUGGUGGUCUGCAUACAUCCUUGAUCGAUAUGUGUGUGCUGCUGUUGCUAGACCCUUGACAAUAUCAGAUGCAGACUGUGACAUUGAUUAUCCUGAAAGCCCAGAUCAUUUUCAUUAUUUCGCCAAGUUAUCAAGCAUUCAUGGAGAGUCUAUUAGGACACUUCGUUCACCAAAAAUACAAGUUUUACCAGAUAAAAGUCAAAGAAUCGAGAAUAUUUGUAAAUUCAUACAGCAAAAGUUGGUCGAAUGGGAAAACAAUUUACCAUCUCAUUUGCAAAUUUCGGAUAAAGAAUUUGACCAGAUUUCCCAGCCAGAUAGUAUUAAUCCAGCACUGAAGGAAAAGCUGGAGAAUGGAGCGGGACAGCUUUAUUUUGCUUACACUGCCGUUCACUUAUCGGUCAAUAAGUAUUUAUUUUCCACAAACAUUGAUCAAUCAAAUGUUGCCUCUGUGUGUCAGGAACUUAUUAGAAAGGCAUUUUAUACCUUGUCUUACAUCAAUGUUGAACUUUUGCUAUCCUUUUGGUGUUUCUCAAGUUAUUUUCUAACAGAGAUGCUUACAAUUAUAUUCAUCAAUUGCAAAAACCCUGACCCAGCGAUUGCGUCAGAGGCUAAAUACUAUAAUGAGAAAUUGAAAAGCUUUUAUCGACACCUUGAAGAGACACUUGAGCAACCCUCUUUAGUGCCAUAUAUUGACUUAAUAUUCAAACUCGGCAGCGGGAGUUUAGAAGAUAAAGAGAAAGAUAAUAAUAGCCAGGGCACUCUAGGCGAUGAAUUCCUACAUCAGACUUCCUUAAUAAAUAAUAUUAACGGAUUAGAAUGGAGUGAAAUAGCAAAACUAUUGUUUGAAAUCGACCAAGGCUCAGAUGGGACAAAGUUUAUGUAAGCAAUCAGGAAAACAUUGAAUCCCCGUUUAUUACAUAAUCAACAUUACUUUCCAUAAAUGAAUUUGUAACACAAUUAUUUUUCAUCAUAUAAAAAAGAACUGUAACUAGCAGAUUUUUAUUU